AUGUACUUAAGCCAACAAUCCCGCCACCACGACCUCAUCUGUCAAAUAGCGCAUAUGUUGAGAAACAACAGGAACAUAGCGCUGGAUCCGCGCUUCUACAGCAGUAUAGAAGGCCCACCACCACCACCACCAUCACAGUUAUCAUCACAGCAGUUGCAGCAAUACCGGCAGACGCAGCAGCAGGCCUCGGGAGCCUCGAUAAUCUCCGCACUCGUUGGUGCCAUGAUGAUCCCCCAAGCGUCGCCAGCUCCGGUAUUGCCGAUAUCCGUGUCCUCAAGCGCCGCCACCAAUAUCGGGCCAAACGGGGGACCCGCGCCCGUAGCAUCUGUCGCGAUGAUACAGUCCGCAGCUUCGAGUCCGUCUCUAAGGGCGAGGGAGAGUGUUGUGGUGCCGGUGAGUAGGACAGGGACUCCGGUCAGUGGUGGUGCUGGAGGAGGGAAUGUUAAGGUUGUGGUGAGGGUUCGAGGGUUUCUGCCUAGAGAAAUCAAACGCGGAGCAGAAUGUCUGAUAUCGAUGAACCCCGAUACCCAGUCAACUACCCUCAUGGCUCCUAGGAGCUCCAAUGCACACGAUCCGGCAAAUUUUAGAGCAGCACAGAGUAGGGGAAAGGUCAUUGAGGAUAAGGCCUUUACCUUUGACAAUUCCUUUUGGUCUCAUAAUAGAGAAGAUGCGCAUUAUGCUGAACAAGAAGAUGUGUAUAACUGUCUAGGAGAGGAAUUCCUGGAUCACAACUUUGAGGGAUAUCACACCUGUAUCUUCGCAUAUGGUCAAACGGGAUCAGGUAAAAGUUACACAAUGAUGGGCACUGAAGACCAACCUGGCUUAAUUCCACGGACAUGUGAGGAUCUAUUCCAGCGCAUCGAGAGCUCGGAAUCACCUAAUAUCAGCUACAAUGUACGCGUUUCAUACUUCGAAGUAUAUAACGAGCAUGUACGAGAUCUGCUAGUACCCCGAACAGACACACCAUAUUACCUCAAAAUUCGGGAAUCGCCAACGGACGGACCAUACGUAAAAGACCUGACAGAUGUGCCUGUUAGAAGUUUUGCGGAGAUUCUGCGGCUCAUGCGCAGAGGGGAUGCCUCGCGUACCGUGGCUAGUACGAAAAUGAACGACACCAGUUCGCGGUCUCAUGCGGUAUUCACAAUUAUGCUGAAACAGAUUCAUCACGACUUGUCAACUGACGAGACGACUGAACGAACAGCGCGCAUCAGGCUAGUUGACCUUGCUGGAUCAGAACGGGCCAAAGCUACCGAGGCAACCGGGCAGAGACUCCGGGAGGGAUCGAAUAUCAACAAAUCUCUAACGACGCUUGGCCGGGUUAUUGCUGCUUUGGCAGAUAACAAACCCGGUCGAAUACGCAAGAAUAAAGAGAUUGUCCCGUACCGCGACUCUAUCUUGACUUGGCUAUUGAAAGAUAGCUUGGGUGGUAAUUCCAAGACCGCGAUGAUUGCGUGUAUAGCCCCGUCAGACUACGAGGAGACUCUCUCCACGUUACGCUACGCAGACCAAGCGAAACACAUCCGCACCCGUGCCAUCGUCAAUCAAGACCAUGUUUCAGCUGCAGAGCGUGACGCGCAGAUUGCAGAGAUGGCUGAAAUAAUCCGCACGCUCCAGGUUAGCGUGAAUCAGCAGGCCAUCCGGAAACGGGAGAGUGAGAUGCAAAAUGAGAAGCUGGAGGAGUACCAGGGGCAAGUUGUCAAGAUGCAACGGUUAAUGGAGGAGACGAAGAUGGUUAGUGAGUGUAAGAUUCGCCAGCUGCAGACGGAGAACGAUGCGUUGCGGAGGCAUUUAAAGCUUGCGCUGGAGUCGUUGAAGAAUCCGAUCCCUCCCGUGGAGAUUGUCAAGAGGAAGAAGAGGGAGAGUGAUUGGUUCUCUGUUCCUGAGAAGAAGGUUGCGGAUGCUGCAGGGAUGAUGGGGGAGGGUGAGAAGGAGAAUGCUACGCCUACAACGGAGCCUGAAUGGGUUUGGGAAGAUGAUGAGGAUGAUGAUCAUUAUCAUGUGGACGGGGUUGCUGAUGCGGGGCAAUAUGAGGCUAUGGAGGUGCAGGCGAAGUUGGAACAGCUGCUGCUUGAUGUCAACUUUUUCCGGCAGAAAGUUGCGGAUGAUCAUGACCGGUUCGGGAUCAUGAGACCCUCUUCGUCGGCUUUUGACAAGAGUGGGGAGCGGAGAGUUCUUGUGGAUGUUCGGUUGAACUGA